CCAGAAUAAUUUGCUGGCGCAGAUGGCUGGGGUUCGAAGCUUUUUCGCAGCUUAGGAGCUAGACUGGAGGUAAAUUGUUUUCAGCGUAGUUGGAGUCUUGUGAAUUCUAAUCGCGCAAAGAUGGUGUUCUUGUGCUGGUCGCGGCCGUCACCGCAGGAACAGCAGGAUUGCCUCCGGAUGUGCAGUAGCUUCAAUUACGAUUCCAAGUUCAGGGGAGCCACUGCUAAGCCGCUGAAAUCCCUCAAAGAAGACGACGAACUCGCCAAGGAUGGUUUCUCUCUUAACCAUGCGAGGGUUUUAGUUGGCUCUGGUUCAGAAGCUUACGAAAAGGCCAAGUCGGCUCUUCAGACAUGGAGACAUUUUGGGUUCAAUUGGGCGUUCGUGGAUCACAAAACCCCAGUUCAGAGUGGGGUAAAGUUCUGCGUUUGUGUGAAGGAGUUUGUGCCGUGGUUGAUGAUGCCGCUUCAGGUGGUGUAUGUGAACGAUGCAAGGAAUCCUAACAAGGCCACUGCCUCGUAUGGUUUCGGCAGUGGCACGCUCCGGGGUCACUUACUGGCUGGCGAAGAGCGUUUCUCCAUUGAAAUGGACGAGAACAAGCAAGUUUGGUACGAGAUUAUGUCUUUGUCGAAACCAGCCCACUUCCUGUCUUUUGUAGGGUACCCAUAUGUUCAACUAAGGCAGAAGUUUUUCGCUCAUCAGUCUACCAAUGCACUUCUGAAACACGUCACCACUUCUGCAUAGUUUGCUUAUUUGUUGACAAGGCAAACCAACUAUAUAUGCUUGGGAAUGAAGUAGAACACUCGAUUGCAUUGUGUAUUCCUUGUUACAAGCCUGUACAAAUCUAUAUAAGUUGAAUGAUCACUUAUUGAUGGAAUCUGUUUUCUCUCUUAAUUGCAAUACAUGUUAAAUUGACA